UUUUUUAUUGAUUUUUUGAAAAAUAGAAUUUUUAAGUUUUGGAGUAUCGAUUUUAUUGAUUGAUAUUGAUUUAUUGAUUUUUUAUUGAUUUUUUGAAAAAUAGAAAUUUUUAAGUUUUGGAGUAUCGAUUUUAUUGAUUGAUAUUGAUUUAUUGAUUUUUUAUUGAUUUUUUGAAAAAUAGAAUUUUUAAGUUUUGGAGUAUCGAUUUUAUUGAUUGAUAUUGAUUUAUUGAUUUUUUAUUGAUUUUUUGAAAAAUAGAAAUUUUAAAGUUUUGGAGUAUCGAUUUUAUUGAUUGAUAUUGAUUUUUUUAUAUUGAUUUUAUUAAUUGUUUUGUCUUAUACAGUAACCAGUUCGCUCUCAACAUUCAGCACUGAACCGACCAAAUAUUUUGCUAAUUUAUUUCUCUUAUCAUACUAUUUCUUUGUUUAUAUUUCUCUAACUUUGGGGAUGAAAUGUCAUUUAUUCAUUUAAUUUUUUUCUCUGUCUGCACUAUUUCUCUUUUAUUAUUUCUCUAAACGCAAUGUCGCCAUUACUUCAUUUCAAUAAUUUCUCUAAUUAUAAAGAAAAAUUGCAAUUUUUUAAAUUUUGAUUUUUUAAGGGAUAUACGAGAAGAACAACAAAAAGAUCCGAAAGACUUCCUAUGGCAAGGACUUGUAGGAGAAACACGAGUAAAAGAACCAGGACAACUUGCAGGAAAUCCUUUCCAAAUUGAAAGUUGUCUAGUAAGUUUUCUGUCAUUUUUUAAAUCGGGAUCAACCCAGAAGGUCAACUCCCUGUAGAUCAACUGCCCUAGUAUACGACAAAACGGAACAAAGGGGGAGGGCCGACAAAACGGAACAAAGGGGGAGGGCCGACAAAACGGAACAAAGGGGGAGGGCCGACAAAACGGAACAAAGGGGGAGGGCCGACAAAACGUAACAAAGGGGGAGGGCCGACAAAACGGAACAAAGGGGGAGGGCCGACAAAACGUAACAAAGGGGGAGGGCCGACAAAACGGAACAAAGGGGGAGGGCCGACAAAACGUAACAAAGGGGGAGGGCCGACAAAACGGAACAAAGGGGGAGGGCCGACAAAACGUAACAAAGGGGGAGGGCCGACAAAACGGAACAAAGGAACUCUAAGGUCAUUUGAUCACUAGGGCGUUGAUUCUAGGGAGUUGACCUUCUGGGAUGGACCUUUCAAAUCAAUUUAAAUUUAAGAAUUGCACUCUCGUAAUUCUCGACCAAACAGCUUCUAUAACAAUAGAUGAUUGCCGCGAUUGUUUAAUUAUUUGUGGGCCUUGUAAAGGAAGCCUUUUCCUCAGAGAUUGCAAAAAUUUGUUAAUUUUGGCAAUUUGUCAACAAUUUAGAACUCGGGAUUGUCGACAUUUAAAUGCUCAUUUAUUUUGUACAACUUGCCCUACAAUUGAAGAGACUGAUUUGGAAGUAGCUCCAUUGUUGUUAAAUUAUUGUGGAUUACAAACUCAAAUGCACGCAGCAGGAAUUAGCCCAUUUUCGAAUAGAUGGAAUCAAGUCCAUAAUUUUACUCCAGAUUCUGGCAAAUGCAAUGUUCGUCAAAAUUUAAAUCCAAAAAUUACAAAUUCCUUCAAUUCCCAUUUAAUACAAAAAUUGGAACAUUUUUUGUUUAAUUCGAAAAAUUGGCAAUUUUCUAUGGGAAAUAAAAGAGAAUCAAAACUUUUUGUUGCUGGAUUGGGAAUUAAAAAAGGAGGAGGAGAAGGACAAAAUGGAGAGGAAGAAAAAUCCCUUUUACUAAUCCAACCACCGCCAACUGAAAACUCUUCAGAAUCUGGAGGAGGAAUGAGAUUUUAUGCGGAAUCAAUAGAAAUUACAAAAGAAUUGAUAAAUUUAGAAGGAAUUAAAUUAGCAGCAAUGCAUGAUAUUGAUAUGAAACAAGGAGAAUGGGAAAAUAUUAUUUGUGGAAAAAAAGAAAAUAAUAAUUUGAAAAAUAUUAUUGGAAAUAAAUCAAGAAAAAUUGUGGCACUUGAAAUUUAUGGACCCAAAGGAUCUCAAACUAAAAUAGAAGAAAUAUGUCAACAAAAAGAAAGGAAAGCUACAAAUGCAAGAUUAGUGGAUUCUGAACAUAUGGAAAAUUGUAGAAAGCAGUUAUAUAGAUUAUGUGAAAUUAGACAAAGUAUUUAAAUUAAAUUUUGAUUUUUUUGUAAAAUAAAAAGAAUAAAAUAUUUGAACAAAGAAUUUUGUUAAAAUAAAGAAAGGAAGAACUUAAAAUUUAAAAAAAAUUCAGAAAUGGGAGGAGGUGGUUAGAGAAUCGCGCAAUUAGAAUUAAAAAAAGCAACGCAUUUUUUAAGUAAAAUAAUUUUUUCUUAGAAAAUGGGAGGGAGAGAGG